UCAAAGGCGGCUUGAGGGGGCGGGCGGCCGCUGGAGCUUGACGUUCGGUUUGGAACGAACCACCUCCCCGAAGCCUCGGGAGUGUCUAGCCACCAGGCGCCUCCUUCUGAGGGACGCCACGAUCUAGAACGGAGGCUGAGGGUGGGGCUGAUACGCGUCGCCAAGCAGCCUCUCCCCCGCGAGCUCGCGAAUGGUCCGCGCCUGGAGUGCGCGCGCGGCUUGAAGCUCCCGGCGAGCUAGGCGCCCUGACAGAGCUGUGGGGCGCAGCUUCCCCUGCCGUGCGGCGCUCCGGGUGCCAUGGACUCUGAGACCCGCCAACUGCACGCCCUGGAGGCGGAGGUCGCGGCGCUGCAGCGGGAGUGCACUAUGCUGCCAGAGCCAUGGGAGAAGACGUCCGGAGCCAGGAAAUCAUUUCAAAAAUUUCGCCAGUCAAAUUCUGAGGGAUGGGAAUCCUUGAAAAACCUGAAAAGCCAGCUUGGACAUUUAAAAUCUGAACUCUCUUUUCUAAGUAAACUUACUGGCAUCAAUAUAAAAAAUUACUCCAAGAUUGAGGACAUUACAAACACUGAAGUGACGGAAAUGGAUACAAAGAAGGUUCUACAGAAACACAGAUUAUCAGGAAAUUGCAGCAUGGUUACAUUUCAACUGGAAUUUCAGGUUCUGCAAGUUGAGACUAAAGAGAAAUUAUCUUCUAUUAUAACUGACCUCAACAUAAUAAUGGAUCCCACGGAGUAUUCAGAAUUAAGUGAGUUUGCAUCUAGAGCAGAAGAAAAAAGAGAUUUGCUCAUGUUUUUCCGAAGUCUACAUUUUUUUGUGGAGUGGUUUGAAUAUCGUAAGAACACAUUUAAGCAUUUUAAGGAGAAGUAUCCAGAUAGUGUGUACCUCUCAGAGGGCACCUGUUCCCACUGCAUGGAGAUCCGCAGUACCAGACAGCCAGGGUUUGAACUGGUGAUUGUUUGGAAGAUACAAAUAGAUGAGGAAGGGAAGGUUUUUCCGAAGCUGGAUCUUCUCACCAAAGUCCCAGAGCGAGCCCUGAAGCUGGACAAUAACAAGAUCAUAGAAACUGCUCCUCUGAGUUUCCGAAGCCUACUAGGAGUACUUGGAAUUGAAGCUGCUCUUGACAGUCUGAUAAAAUUGCUUUGUGUAGAAAAUGACUAGUUCCCUGCUGGCAAGCAUGUAGGAAUAAGAUGCUCAGCUGAGGAACAUGUGAUCUAUGUUAAGUAUGAACAUUUGCUCUUUUUCCAAGGAGAAACCACAUCCUUCAAACAUGCUUUUGUGUGCUCUAGUGGUACAUUACACAGAACUCUCAUAGCAUAGAAAUAAAGCUUUUCGGAUAUGUUAAAAAAGCAACAUGCAUAGUGCUUUGAACAAGUAAGUUUAACAUUUGAGAACAUGUUCCAAAAAUGGCUGUCCAUUCUCAAACAAGUGUAGAAUAGCUAUGCCUCCAACUUCAUAUCAAGAUGGCCCAAGGCAGCAUGGGACACGGUCCAGUCCAAAGCCACCCACCUUGUCUGCAUAGCAACAUCUCCCAGAAGUCCUGACGCUCCUCCUGGUUCCUACAAAAGUAGGACUGUUUGACAGUGAUGACUGCAUUGUUCCUUUCACUGGGAACUUCACUGAAGACACACCCGCAGUCUGAGUGUGGCACAGGACUUAUAACACCAGCACACAACAGCAACCCAAGUUUAAAGCCCGCCCUGGCUACAUAGUGAGCCACUGUCUCGGAAAACAAAGGCUAAAAUAUACCUCUAUAGUAGAACAGUUGCCUAACAUGGACAAGGCCCUAGCUCCAGGCCCCAGCACCACAAAAGAACUACCCAGUCUAAGGCUGUAUCAUGUCAGACACAGAACUAACAUUUGGUGAGUGCCUUCAUUACCUGUUGUUAUGCUGCCAACAUGACGGGUUAGUGUGAGCAUCCUGAACUAAGCAGAGCACGUCAGAACAUGAUUAGACAGGGCAAUGGUGGCACAUGCUUUUAACCUAAACAGAUACAAAAGAAAAAAGAAGGCAGAGUCGAAGAGCUGCCGGGAGCGGAUGGAGAAGCAAGAUGUAAAGUAACAAGCCACGAGUCUCAUGGUAAGAUAUAAACUAAUAGAAAUAGGUAAUUUGAGAUGGGCAGUGUUGGCGCACGCCUUUAAUCCCAGCACUCAGGAGGCAG